UGUUGGUUCGGUUCGUGAGUCCGAUCCACUCACAGACCCGAAACAAGCGUUUCUGCCCAAUUCUCCAUAAACCCUACUUUCUUCCCCAAACCCUAAAAAUGGUGACUCCUACUCAGGCCAUUUCCAAGAGACCCAUUUGCCCUUCCUGCUCCAAACCCAUCCGGCUCUGCCUCUGCCAUCGGAUCCACAACCCGGGGCUCCACAACUCUGUAAGUGUGACCAUUCUCCAACACAGCUUUGAGAAGAACCACCCUCUUAAUUCAGCUAGGAUUGCCAGAUUAGGGCUUAAGAAUCUGAAAGUGGUUACUGUUUUUGAUGUACAUUUUGAUGCCCGGUUCGUUAUCCGGUUGCUCGACCCGGAUUUGGAAACGGGUUUGGACCGGAAUGGUUCAAAGGGUGCAUCUUUUGAUGGAGCUGUGGAAACUGGAGAGACCCAGAAGGUGGAUUCUGGGUUUUGUGAGUCGGAAAUUGGGGGUUUUGAAAAUUCAUCAAAACAGAGAAGGUGUAGUAGUGUGGUUGAUUGUAAUAAGCAAUGUAGUUUUGGGGAUGAUAUAGGGGAUAUGAGUAGUGCUCAAAAUCAAUUAGGAAGUGUAGAUUCUGCAGAAAAUUGUAGCACAUCGACUGGUGAUGCAUUACUUGUAGAGCAAGAAGAUGAAUUCACUAGUGGAGAAUUCACUGAUGGAAAGAGUGUGUUUGCUUUGGAGACUUGUCAUAAGCAUUUAGAUGGACAAUCCAAUGUGGAUGUGGCUUCAACUGCUACGACAUUGGAUUCACUAUCCGAUGAACACAAGCUUUCUGAUACGGAUUUUGAUUCAGUUGACAGUGUCAGAGUUAGUAAUGCUGGACCAGUUAUAACGGCUACAAUUGGCAAGAAUGGUGUCAUUAGCUCUCUUACUCAUACUUGGAUGCCACAAACCCAUCACAAGAAUUCACAUUUUGAUACGAUUUCAGACACUACAGAAGCGCGCGAGGCUCUGGCAAAGGGAUUCGUUGUACAAAAGUUGCAAAAGCAGCCACCUAAAGGAAAUGUAGAGUUAGAUGAAGCUGUAGAGUUUGAAGUACAAGUUCCUCCGGGGUCUGUUCUCUUGUUUCCAUCCAAAGAAGCAGUUAGUGCUAGUGACCUUGAAGCCCUGGAUAUCAAGGUCAAGAAUCUGAUUGUCUUGGAUGGAACAUGGUCAAAGGCAAAGAGAAUGUAUGUGGAAAACCCCUGGUUGAAGCUAUUGCCACACUUGAGGUUGGAUUUGGACAAGCUGAGCUUGUACAAUGAAGUGAGAGUCCAGCCCAAGCCGGGAUUUCUGUCCACCAUUGAGAGCAUUGUGUACGCACUAAAGGCGGUAGGGGACAGUCCCGAAGGCCUGGACAAUCUCUUGGAUGUUUUCGAGUCCAUGGUUGGAGACCAGAGACGAUGUAAAGAAGAGAGACUGAGCAAUGUAUCACCGCCCGGUUAAUUCUUCUACAGAACCUGUUUGUGCAAGCCAUUAUCAAUGAAUACAACCAUCACAUUUUCACAUUGUUUUGAUGAAUUGAUCAAAACUGAAGACACUAAACCAAAACCUGUGUUGUGUUCAGAAUGUAGCUCUGGCGCCAAUUACGAUUUUACCCCUCCUCCAGUUCAUCUCAGCUUUCACUUUCAAAAUCCAAGUCCAUAUGUUGAGCAAACCAAACUAAACACUCUGUUCCAAAUGCUCAAGCUUCUCUCUUCACCUCAUAAAACCCAAACCCUAAACCCUAACAAACCAUUCCUCUUCCUCUCUCGCCUCCUCAGCCAAUCUCUCUCUAGCAAUCCCUACGAUUACGACCCUCCGUUUUCUCCAGCUUCCAAACCCCAAAACCCCAAAAACAAAAAGACCCAGAAUGCUGACCCGAA